GAUUACAUAGGCAUAUUUCUUUAACCUGUAAAAGCCUAUCUGAUCUCCAAGCUGGCGAUGUCAAGGGUACCGAGUCCUCCUCCUCCGGCAGAGAUGUCAAGUGGACCUGUUGCUGAGAGCUGGUGUUACACUCAAAUUAAAGUGGUCAAAUUUUCCUACAUGUGGACCAUCAAUAACUUCAGCUUUUGCCGAGAGGAAAUGGGCGAGGUCAUCAAAAGUUCAACAUUUUCAUCAGGAGCUAAUGAUAAAUUGAAAUGGUGUUUGCGUGUGAACCCAAAGGGUUUGGAUGAAGAAAGUAAAGAUUAUCUUUCACUCUAUCUUUUACUGGUCAGUUGUCCAAAGAGCGAAGUCCGAGCCAAAUUCAAGUUCUCUAUUUUGAAUGCAAAAGGAGAAGAAACAAAAGCAAUGGAGAGCCAGAGAGCCUAUCGGUUUGUGCAAGGCAAAGAUUGGGGAUUCAAGAAGUUUAUUAGAAGAGAUUUUCUUCUGGAUGAGGCAAAUGGGCUCCUUCCAGAUGACAAGCUCACUCUCUUCUGUGAGGUGAGUGUAGUACAGGACUCUGUCAAUAUCUCCGGCCAGAAUUCCAUGAACAUGGUGAAGGUACCUGAAUGCCGCUUGGCUGAUGAGUUGGGAGGCCUUUGGGAAAACUCUCGCUUCACAGACUGUUCCUUGUGUGUAGCAGGCCAGGAGUUUCAAGCUCACAAAGCCAUAUUAGCAGCCCGUUCUCCAGUUUUCAGUGCAAUGUUUGAACAUGAGAUGGAAGAGAGUAAAAAGAAUCGAGUAGAAAUCAAUGAUGUGGAACCUGAAGUUUUUAAAGAAAUGAUGUGCUUCAUUUAUACCGGGAAGGCACCUAAUCUCGACAAAAUGGCUGACGAUCUGCUUGCAGCUGCUGACAAGUAUGCUUUGGAACGUUUGAAAGUGAUGUGUGAGGAUGCUUUGUGCAGCAAUUUGUCAGUGGAGAAUGCAGCAGAGAUCCUAAUUCUGGCUGAUCUACACAGUGCUGACCAGCUAAAAACUCAGGCAGUUGACUUCAUAAACUACCAUGCUUCUGAUGUCAUGGAGACUGCAGGCUGGAAGUCGAUGGUAGUAUCUCACCCUCAUUUGGUAGCAGAGGCAUAUCGUUCACUGGCCUCUGCACAGUGCCCCUUUCUGGGACCCCCACGCAAACGGCUGAAGCAAUCCUAAGGCUGGGUCCCCCACUACACAACACUCUGUCUGUUUUUUUCGUAAA